AUGCUCCCCAAUACCACCGAGACGGCGCCACGCUUCGUACUUGACACGGACGCCACUGCCUUCGCCAUGGGAGGUGUCCUUUCGCAAACCGACGAUAACGGCCUAGAAUGCGUUAUCUGUUUCGCUAGCAAAACACCCACCAAGCCACAACGAAAUUACUGCACAUAUCGACGCGACCUAUUGGCCAUAGUCACCAUCGUUAAACAAUUUCGGCUAUAUAUGCUAGGUAAGCCGUUCGUCAUACGCUCCGAUCAUAAGGCUCUGCAAUGGCUACAAAACACGAAGGACGCAGAGGGCCAACCGGCUCGCUGGCAGGAAAUGUUACAGGAAUAUCAUUUCACUUGUACAUACCGCUAUUGCGACAAGAUGCAGUGUCGCUCACCAAUACAAUCUUCAACAACUGGAUUUGUCGGUUCGGUGUUCCGUUGUCAAUACAUUCCGACUGCGGGGCUAACUUCGACAGCAAACUGCUGCAAGAGGUCUGUGACCUCCUCGAUAUCUACAAGACCCGCACCACUCCAGCACAUCCCGAAGGCAACGGAUUGGUGGAACGAACCAACCGCACACUUAAUCAACUGUUGAAGGCGUUCGCCGAAGACCAUCAUCCUAACGACUGGGAUAAACGUCUACCGUGUGCCAUGAUGGCGUACCGUGCUAACACACACACGUCAACUGGCAACCCACCUUUCUUUAUGCUAACAGGACGUCAAUUUCGCCUUCCCGCAGAUUCACGGUUCCCACAACCCGCCGCAAACGAAUACGCACCAGAUAGCUACGUAUGGCAGCUGCAGGAUUUGCUACGCUCCACCUACACCCUCGCACAUAACUACCUAGGAGCGGCCGCCGAACGACAGAAAACAUACUUUGAUCGUCAGGUUCAGGGCAACCCCUACCAACUAGGCGAUCUGGUUUGGCGUUUCCGGCCAGUACCGCCCUUAGGGACGGUGGCCAAGUUCUUUCAUCCGUGGGAAGGACCAUUCGUUGUUGUCGACGUCAUACACCGCACCACGUAUGUAUUGCGUGAUGCUUCACGCCCCGAUGGACCCACCUUCACCACCAAUUUCGACAAGCUAAAACCUUACAGAGGACGGCUACCCACCGCCACCGCGGACGUAACCCCCAUCAUUCCCUCACAUUUAGUCCCCACCCCAGUGGUUGAAGAAACAGUGGGCAUGACCCAACCAGACAGCCCUGCGGACAGGGCUCCAUCUGAGGAAGGGGUAGGUAAGAACCGGAAAGGCAGGUUUGUUUAAAAGAGAGAAAAAAACGGGCGAGCGGGAAGAAAGGAGGCGGGAGGUUUCGCGCCGUGAUUUGAGUGCGUCUUCUCUCUGGUAUUUCAGGUGAGGACAGCGAACGUGAGCAAGGAAACGCCCAAAAUCCCGUGGAUAUCGUACCUCCGGAACUACCUCCCUGA